GCCACGUACAGGUCGCUGUGAGGCGUUUCCGAUCAGUCAGUCAGGCAUCGUUCAGCAGAAGUCCAGGACACACAGGCUACUGCUGGGAUUGACACGUCCAAAACACCAGCAGUAUGAAUGGACAGCUGGACCUGAGUGGGAAGCUGAUCAUCAAAGCUCAGCUGGGUGAUGAUAUUCGCCGUAUCCCCAUCCACAAUGAAGACAUAACCUACGACGAGCUCCUGCUGAUGAUGCAGAGAGUUUUUCGUGGCCAGCUACAGAGCAGCGAUGAAGUCGCCAUCAAAUACAAGGAUGAAGAUGAUGACCUUAUCACCAUCUUUGACAGUUCUGAUUUGUCCUUUGCGAUCCAGUGCAGUAGAAUAUUGAAGCUCACUCUUUUUGUGAAUGGGCAGCCUCGGCCACUGGAGUCAUCUCAGGUGAAGCACCUGCGCAGAGAACUGAUCCAUUUGAGGAAUAAAGUCAACAGUCUGCUGGACAGCCUGGAGCCACCCUCAGAGUCUGUCCCAGAAAGCACCAACCCAGAAACUGAAUGUGUGAAUGAGGCGGUAGACUCAACAAUGAAGCAUGCUCCUCCUGUCAGUGCUGCUAGCAUGUCUGCUUUUGACCCGUUGAAGAACCAGGAAGAGGUCAACAAGAAUGUCAUUUCUGCAUUUGGUUUAACUGAGGAACCUGCCCCAGUUCCAGCUGUAGCUGCCACCGCUGCAGCAGAGGAGCGCUCUGCUACUCCAGACAGUAUUGCCUCUUCAUCCUCUGCAGCGCCUCCUGCUGCUGUGGCUCCACAGGCCCCCCCACCUUACUCAGGGGUCCAGCAACCCCCCUCUACUACUAUGGAUGGUCAGAUGUAUCAGCAGUAUCAGGCUCCAGGUGGAUAUCCUCCACCAGCUGGACCACAGCAGCAGUAUGGCAUGCAGUACCCUGCUGGUUAUACUCCUCAAUCUGGUGUUCCUCAGGCUCCGCCUCCUCAACAGCAGUUUCAGAAUUACCCCACCCCUACUUCUCAGGCUGCUGGCGCUCCUGGCUCCGCCCCUGGCUUUUCUGGCCAAUCACAGCCUCCUGCUCCCCAAGCACCUGCUCAGUAUCCACCCGGAGCCUUCCCGCCUCAAAACUACACAUCCCAGGCCUCUCAGCAACCCGCAAACUACAGCCUGCCUCCAACCUCGCAGGCCACAGCCGGUUACCAGCCCCGUCCCGGAUACACCCCACCACCAGGUGCCACCCCUCCACCCGGGGGUGCCAAUCCCUAUGCCCGAAACCGCCCGCCUUACGGCCAGGGCUACACCCAACCAGGUCCUGGCUAUCGGUAAAAGCCCUUUAACAUCACCGCAGCACCUCACUAUAUCUUCCCUCUGUCUCCAACACAUCAACCCCCUCCCCCAAAUCUGUGUUUGACAUCCUAAUAUUGUGUUUGUGUUCGUUUGUGCUUCGAGUGUGUGUGUGUGUGUAUAUGAGUGAAUGAGCUUGUGAGAUGAGUGCAUGUGUGUGUUUGCACACAUGGGAGACCAAACGGUGUCUGUGUGUGUGUGUGUGUGUGUGUGUGUGUGUGUGUGUGUGAGAGAGAGUAAGAGAGAAUUGAAUUUUAUCACCGGUCUCCUCAUUUGUGUUUCGUCAUAAACCACGCGUCUGUUUAAACACUAGAAGAUGAUCAUAAUCAAAGUGAUAUUUGUUAGUUUUCUUUACUCAUUUUCUUGACUUUUGUUUUCUCCAAAUGUCCUGGUUUUUACUAACCCCUGACUGGCCCUGUAAAGUCAAGCCUGUCGUUUCUGUAUAAACUGUAACAUUGUUUUCAGGAGGUGAAUAAAGACUUUGAGACUGAA